AUGAGCAGAACAUUUGUGACGCUAGCAGAGGUGUUGGAGACUCGAGGAGGUCCCCUUCUGGAGGAUGAAGUGUGGUCCCUCCUCCUGGGCACCACAGAAUCCCUGGUUGAUGUCUCAUACAAAGGACAUAACAGUAUGUGUAGCAUCAUAAGCCCCUCCUCCCUGCUGCUCUCGGGCACCGGCACACUGGCGUUUAAGAACUGUGCCCUAUCAGACGAGGCGUGCACCUUUACUGCGCCAGAGAUGCUGCAAGGCCGUGCUUCCUCAACCAAAGAUGUUAUGGAGAAGAUGCUGGUGUAUUCACUGGGUAUGACUCUCUACUGGUCUGUCGAUUAUCAUCUACCUCAGAAUCAGCCAGUCCAGUUGAGUGACCACCUGAACAGCCUGCUAGUGAGUAUGUGCGAAGACCUGGCCCACCGCAGGGUCAAUCUGAACAGUAUCCUGGAGUCCUGUGAGUCUCAGCACAAAGCCUCUCUCCUGCCUCCGCCCAACAGAGUCAUACGGCAGCUGGUGGAGGAUGUCUUUCACGAAGCUGUGGACCAUGGGUCUGAGCUCUUUGUCCCGCUGUGUGGGAGGAGUCAGAUGAUCAGAGAAAGGGUUAACGAGAGUUUACUUCCCAAACCCUGGAGACACAAACCCAGGAGUUCUCCCACCCCUAAAUACCCACCUAACAUAGACAGACUGCCACGAGGUCUCAGACACAUGGAAAGUAGCAGUAGCUGGCUGUGUCAGAGCCCCUACAUUGGCGCCCCCUCAAAGGGGGCACCCCAACCCCACAGUCCCUCCAUCACUUGCAGUGACUCCUCAGCCAGCCUCACCGAGAGGAAAGCCAAGGCUCUGGGUCCUGAGUUUAUCAGGAUGGCUGACGAACCCCAUGUAGAUCUGGAGCUUCCCGGAUCCAUAGUGUCUAAGAAGGGCAGGUCUUGUUCGUCCCAGAGAGAGGUUAAUGUGGUGUUGCCCAGUGGUCAGUCUGUAUUGGUCAGAUGUGACAAAAAGUCCAGAGGGAGAGAUGUGUUCGACAUGGUGGUGGCUCACGUUAACCUGGUAGAGCACUUCUACUUCGGACUGGCCUUCAUCGAUGAUGAUGAAUAUUUUUUCCUGGACCACGAGAUUAAAAUCUCAAAAGUUGCUCCUGACAGUCGGAAAAAAGUAGUGUCGACUUCGUUUCUUGUUUUUCUACGGGUCAAGUUUUUUGUUGACGACGUCUCUUUCAUAUUACACAGGCUGACUCGUCACCAAUACUACUUGCAGCUGCGGAAGGAUAUCCUAGAGGACAGGUUGUACUGCAACGAGGAGACGUGCAUGUUCCUGGCGGCUCUUGCUCUUCAGGCAGAGUUUGGGGACUACAUGCCUGAGUUGUAUGGUAGGAACUACUACCAGCCGGAGCAGUAUGUGUCUAAGAGUUCACGGUUCCACGCUAACAACACCCAGAUGCUGCCUGAGGAGGCUGAAACCGAGUUCCUAAAAAUCGCUCAGCAGCUUCCAGAGUAUGGGAUGGUGUUCCAUCGGGUAGGCCGGGAGAAGAAGCCGGUGGUGGGGGAGCUGGUGCUGGGAGUCUGUGCCACCGGAAUCCUUGUCUAUGAGCUGAAGAACCACCUCAGUACCGUCACACGACGAUUCCUCUGGAGGGAGACCGAUACCAUCUCUGCCAAUCGUCGUAAGCUGACAAUAGAGUGUGGUGGUCCCAGCAGUAAGAAACACAGUUUUGUGACAGAGAAUUCUAAGAUUGCUCAGUACCUCCUUAGUCUCUGCUCUGCGCAGCACAAGUUCCACAGUGAAAUGACCUCCAGGCAACUCAACUACAGCAUCGCUCAAGAUGAGAACAUUGAGAAGUACCAGUCUAUCUGUCGGACACGUGACUCCCAUAUGAAGCGUCUUUCAUGUUCCGAGGUCGUCCUGAACAGUGUAGAGAUACCGGCCAACCUCAGCCAACACGAGUCGCUAAGGAAGUUGUGUGAUGACAUCACAGCAAAGGUGGAGGCGUGUCUACGGCAACAGAGUGAGUUGAGGGAAAUCAACAGAGAUCUACCCGAGCCAUGCCCACUGUCAGAGGUGAAGGAACAGGCCUGGAGUACUCCAGAGCCCAUCCCCAGAAUCAUCUCCAAUGCCUCUCGACAGAAACAGGACUGUGAGGGCUUCUCAGAGGCCCCCUCCACAACCUCCUCCAUACGAGGUGGUCGUCUGAUCUCUCUGAAUAAGAUCAGUCUGCAGGGCGUGACGUUCACCAAUGCAGCAGCCAUCCUCCAGAGCAGCCCUGAUGAGGUGGAGCUCAUCGUCUCACAGCCCAAAUGUUCUCUGAGGGACAGUAAGAGCUCGCUGCCUCCCAGUACCCGGGAUUCUCUUAGGGACAGUAAGACUUCUCUGGCCCCCAGUACUCAGAGUCUGAUGUUGGAGAGGAGCUUUGGGUCCCAGACCACCCUGAAUGGGACAGAGGAAGCCCUGGCUCUGUCUAACAUGGCCACAUCUAAACAUGGCAAGAGACUCCACAACCCUGUGGUCCGGAUCCUAGACGCUCAGCAGAAGGAGUUGGUGGUUGACUUCAGGAAGCAGAGGGAACAUGCCCUGAUCCACAUCAACGGGACUGCAGAUAUCUACUUGAAACAGUGCCUGAGGAAGGCCCGCAGCAUCAAGGACCCUACACACCCCAGCCACGAGCUGUUCACUCCUAUACCGUCGGGCAGACAGUAUCAGAGCAUGAGGUCUGAUACUAACAGGCUCAGAGACAGUUUAUCUACAAGCUAUCAGUCUGCUGAACACAUGAACUGGACUGACCACCUGCACGAACUCUCCGCACCAUAG